AUAGACAGGUAAUGUUGAUAAAAAUUACAUUACUUUUUCAACCGGAAGGAAUAUGUUCUAAGGUAUACACGGAACUCCUUCCUGUUUUUCAAAAAUUGACCGGUGUAUCGGAUGUAAAUCUGUGAUCUCUCUAUGUUAAACUAAUGCGGGUUAUUAUCAGUAUAUCGAUCAACCUAAAUUGCCUUCAGUCAUUAUAAAGACAGUAACGCUACCCAACACACAUGGAAUGAAAUCGGCCAUAUUUUUCUAUUAUUGAAGAACAGUUAUAUUUAUUAAUGCUUGAUAGGAUGUAAUUUUAUGGAUUUAAAUGAAUUCAUAUUUGUAUCUUGGAAUCUGACAUUCAUUAAUAUAAUUAUGUGGGUAUUUAAAAUGUUCUGAUGUUUACCUAAAAUGUCAACGUAGUUUAUCUGGGUAUUGGAUAUUGUGUUUAUAAGGAAAAUCAAUAUAUAACAAUUAUGUAGUUGCAUUCAAAAACAAAACAACUUUAAUUCAUGGAUAUGAUUGUGGUCCGUGUAGUGAUUACUUUACUUUUUACAGUAUGUCAUACAUGGGCACAACCUCGUCUAAACACUGUUUCGACCACCAUUACACAAACAUCCGGGUAUUCAGCUGUUCUCAAUUGCCAGGUCUACGAAUUGGGCGAUGCAAAGGUUAUAUGGCUUGGUCCAUCGGGAAUGCCGUUAACGUUAGGCCGAAGGCGAAUUACGACGGAUAAGAGGAUUUCUUUGGAACAACCAUAUAGUGUUGAUUGGAAUUUACAUAUACGCCAUGUCAAGCCGAGCGAUGCUGGCGAGUACAUAUGCAAAGUAGAUACAUCGCCUCCGCAAACAAAAAGAGUCAACCUGAAAAUUAAGGUUGCACCUACAAUUAACCAUGCACUUUCAACAAAGAAUCCCCUUUCGGUAGCAGAAGGAGAAAAUGUUACACUUUUCUGCAAAGUAUCAGCAUUACCUGCCGCAAGUGUCAUGUGGUUUUAUUAUCACCCUCAAAGACCGAAUAAUAAAGAGCAGCCUAAUUUUCCUGCCUCUGUUACUGGAGAAACAGUAACAAUCCACGAAAUAUCUAAAGAACAAGCUGGUAUUUAUGAAUGUCUUGCAUUCAAUGGUGUUCCUCCAACAGCAGUCAAAAACAUUACAGUUAAUGUUGAAUUUAAGCCGAUAGUAUCUUCAACCAAUAAAAAAAUUCAACAAUUAAGAGGUAAAGAUAUUUAUCUGGAUUGUAAUAUCAAGGCAUAUCCGCCUGAAAUAGCAAUAUGGAAAAAGGGAAAUAUGGAGAUAAAAGAAGGAGAAAGAGAUUGGAAAUACAAUCCAACGUUAUUCAAAAACAGUGACUCAGAAUUCAUUUUAAGUUUACAAAUAUAUUCGUUAGAAGCAGAUGAUUUCGGAAAUUAUACAUGUGUAGCCAGCAAUCAACACGGAACAACUUCUGGACAAGUUUUAGUUGAAGAAUUGGUAAUUAAGCCGUCAACAACCACUUCAACUACCACUACAACGAGUACUACAAUUGUCACCACCCAAACAUCAACAUCAACGAUACCAAUGACAUCAUCAGUUUCAAAUAAGACAUUAUCGUCUAUUCGGACAACACCAAACCAAAUUAAAACCACUACAACACAGAAAGGUGUGAUUAUCGAUGAUGGCGAUUCUUCGAAGGGCGAUAAAGAUCCCGGAUAUAAUGUGCUUACAACACCGGCUGUUUAUCCAAUUUCUCCUGCAGAACAAGAUCCAGGAAACAGAGGAAAUUGUUUAACUUGGAAAUUGUCGGGACUUGCAGCUCUAGUGUUAUCCCUAAUCAUAAUGUGACUUGAUCUAUGAUGAAUUUGUCUCUUUUGCACAAGUGCUACAAACUUUUCUAGUCAGUUGAUAAGAUAUCGUACAUUUACGGAACAUUGCAUGCCUAAGUCUUAAGUUCUGUGUAAGUUAAAAAAAAAUAUGUAUCGAGUCAUAGCGUCAGUAUUAUUGAGAACACAUGUUUUUUUUUUUUAAUUUAUUAUGUUUUGUCAUUCUAACGUCCGAUGUACAUGUAAAUAAUGAAAAAAGAUAUGAAAAUUAUCAGUUUUACUGAAGUGUAAAUGGGUUUUAUUUCUAUCGAAAUCCAAGUAAAAGAGUGCAUUUCUAUUUAUUUUCAAGCGUAGGCUUUAUUAGUCAUAUUUGUUAAAAGGAGUUUUGUCAUAUUUUUUAAAUAGCAUUUUGUCAUAACUAUGAUGUUUAUAUUAACCUGGAAUAAAAGUUGUUUUUACAUUAAGUGUAAGAUAGUAGUCGACGAAUUUUGUAGGAUUUUCUUAAGAAAUAGAAGUGAAAGUGACAUGUCUUAGUCGAUAUAUGAUAACUUAAUUAUAUAAAAAUGACUAAACUACAUGUAGGUGGUAAAAUGACCCUUGAAGCAGUACAUAUUACAUGAUAACGCUUCCUAUUUUAGAUUUGGAAACCGGACUUAAUGUCAGAUAUGAAAUUAUUUACAUAAAAGGUAAAUAGAUCAAACCAUAAAUAAAAGUAUGUAACAUUUGGUAGAUAUACUCGAAUUUAUGUACUUAAAACAGGGAUGACAUAAACAAUACUCAUUUAUUUCAUUUUAAUUUGUACAAAGUAUGAAUAAAUUUGUUUAUAUUGUUUAAGAUACGUUUUCAGUAACUUGUUCUAUAAUCAUUAUCACAAAUAAAUAUCUUUUAUGUCAAACAAGAACUGUCUCGAAUUUAAGGUUUAUGGGUAAACUUUUUAAGUCACAUGACUUCUUGUUUAUAACUAAUUUAUUUAUUCAAUUGCAAAAGCAAUAAAAACAUAGUAAAGACAAUUUGAUUAAGGUAUACAAUUUCUCUGUUUUCUAUGAGAUGUGUAUGAUGCUGUGUCCACAUGUACAUUUAAUUUGAAUUUGAUUCAUUAUAACUAAUUCAAAUAAGUUUAACAAUCGAAACGUUUCACGUCCGAACGUAAAUUCUUAUUGCAAUUGCAAUGCGUAUUCUAAUUGCAAUGUGCGUCGAAUUUGCUAAAUAGUGUCCGAACGACGUUAAGUUUUGUUUCGCAUUCUCAAUUAAUAAAUUAGAAUUUAAUUCGAAUUACUGAUAAAGAAAGUGUCCACAUUAAUAUAGUUUAAUUCUACUUAACUAAUUCGUAUUAACGAAAACGCAUUUCUAAUGCAAAUUGGAUAAUGCGAAUAAGCCAAUUCGAAUUUGAUUCGAAUCAAAUAAAAGAAUACUGUGCGAACACGAUUAGCGAAUUCGAUUCGCAUUCGAUUCGAAUUCAAUUUGAAUUAAAAGUACGUGUGAACGAGGCAGAUUUUAUUAUUUUGAAUUGUUGCUUAUGUAUUGAUUAAGAAUUGUAUUUCAGUGUCUUGAGUUAGUAAAACUUACAAAACGCGUGAACGAGCAAAUAAUCGAUGUGCUAUUAUAAAUGUUUUCUUUUGUGCCAAAGAAUGAUAAUAAUCAAACAAUGUAUGUUUAUAUGUAAAGAUGUGAAUGUGUAUCAUGUAAAUAUAUGGUUUACUGCAUUUUAAAUGUUACAUGAAUAAACUGUCGCCAAGUA